AUUUAGCGCAGCAGGCGUUUUGUUAUUUUGUAUCGUGAAAAAAUAGCUAAGACUAGCUAGAAAAAUAUAGGUUGUUUUUAAAGCAGUUUGAACCUUAGUCUGUUUUGGGCUGCAGUAUUUGUUCAAUUAGAUUAAUUCACAGCGUGAAACCGUUUCAAAUGUGUCGUUUAUCACCCCGUGAGUAGACCAGAGGUGUGGGAAUACAACCUGUUAUUCUGGCUAAUGGUGGCUACUGGCUAGUUAGCUAAACAUUCAGGUGUUGGAGAAUGAUGCAGUCCCUAACCCCAGAUGUUGAAGUUCGACUCUCAGUGGGCCAAUGCGUCCGAACUCUCACUACCUCCAACGAGAAGGAAGAGGUGACCAAAACUCUACACACACUAACCAGUUACCUGGACGAUGGGCCUCAGAGUACAAUUACAUCAGCUCAGCGAGCAGAGUUCAGUCGAGCCCACUACACCCGGACCCUACAGUUUCUCAUCAGUAACAUCAAUGCUGAUUGGCUCCAGCUUCUUACCGUUGCCCAGUGCACAGAAUUGUGGGAUGGUUUGUUCCUCCGAGGUCCUCCAGACCAGACUCUGUUAGUGCUGAUGGAUGGUAUCAGCUCAAUGAGCAGCCCCAGUGCAGGUCUGGACCGUUUAGUCAGCAUCCUAGAGCGGUUCCUUCAGAGUGGUCGUCUGACAGUCCUACUGUGGACCCGCUGUCAGGGGAAGGGUCUCUCCGACUCUCCCCAGCUCAGAGAGACCCUGCUGGGCCGCCUGGUGGCUCUGCCUGACCUGACUGCCAACCAGCUGCACCACCACAACAAGACCAUCUUCCUCCCCCAGCAGUACUACCCCCUAUUGGCCAGAGAUAUGCUCACUGUGCUAGAGAGAACCUGUCAGGCUCUGAGAGAUAGAAAAGACUGCUCUCUGACUUUUGUGGCCCAGGCACUGGGGAAGGCCUGUGUUCAGGGACACAGUGGGUUAGUAUUUGGGGUGCUGGCCCCUCGCCUCUCCUUCUGCACGCGUUCAGACAUGGUGUGGCAAAGGGUGUGCUGGAAGCUGCUGGAGAAUGUCCCAGAGCGCUGGCUGGAGAGUGUGCUCACUGGAAUGGUGCAGGCUGUCAACAGACCUGAUGCUCUGUCCAGGAUCAUGGGGAACCUGGUGUUGAAGAACAAAAAGGCCCAGUUUGUCAUCACCCAUAAACUGCUGCUGCUCCAAUACAAGUAUGAGACUCGUGUGUUGAGCAUUCUUCUGGGCUACCUGGCUCAGGACAGGGAGAGAAGGCCACUACUUAUACAGGUGCUGCGGUCGCUGUGCCAGGCCUGGGCUAACCCCAGUGCAGUCAGACACACCCCUCUGGAGCAGCAGCUCUAUGUGAGCCGGGCUCUGCUGCUGUGUGUGGGACUACUGAGUGAUGCAGAGCUACAGGACCUACGCUCAGAGCUGCUGCAGUGCAUGCUGGGAGGGAUGCAGAGCCACCUGGACAGCAGUGUAGUCCGUGUGAGGCGCAUGGGCAUGGUGGUGGGGGAGUGUCUCAGCUCCCGCAUGGACGUCAAUGGAGCCAAACUCAAAUUCGAAUAUGAGCAUGAUGAGGAGACCAAGGAGCUGCUCUCACUGAUGACUCCACUGUCUGAGGAAGAAACAGAGCCGCUUGAUGACAGAUUGGAUCUUUCUCAAGACGUCAAAGGGCAGACUGUACCCUCUCAGGCAGUACCAUCCCAGGCUGCUUCCGUGGCCCAGAAAUCAGGAGCUGACCCAGACUCAGAGCUGGAUAGUGAUGAUGAGCUCACCCCCUAUGACAUGUCAGCUGACCAGGAGAUGAGCCAAGCUGCCCCACCUCGCUACCUCCGAGACUGUCUGGAGGCCGUCCUCUCAUCUGAGGACCCAGUGAGGGUGGAUCUCAGUCUGAGAGCCAUUGAGGGCUUGGUGAGGAAGAACACUUCUACAGCCCGAGAGGUCAGUGUUGAGCUGAGCAAGGUGCUGCUGCACAUGGAGGACAGGUACAACACUGUGGGCUUCCUGAGUCUCAGGCAGGCUGCUAUGGUGGCCCUCACUGUCACCGACUCUGUCCCCGUGACUGAGUAUCUGACCACGGAGUUCUACUCCAUGAACUACAGUAUACGACAACGGCUGGAUAUUUUAGAGGUCCUCAUUAUGUCUGCGCAGGAGCUCUCUCAACCAAUCACUGACAAAGGAGGUCCGUCCAAGGCCAUUCAGCGGGUUACCAUAGAUACACCCCUUUACCCCGGCGAUGACCCCAUACACUGGCGACAAGUGGUGGAGAGGCGGAUUCAGAGUAAGACCAAACGGCUCAGUAAGGGCGUCACUCACCCCCCAGCCAAGCCCACCCCAAACCGUUAUGCCCCUGUUGCUGGCCACUUCUUCUUCCCUCUGCUCAGAAACUAUGACAGGCCUCAGGUGACCUUUGACCUGCUGGGCAGUGACCACCUGGUCCUGGGGAGACUGAUCCACACGCUGGGACUCCUUAUGCACCUAUCAGUCAAUGCUCCGGUGGCCACUCAGAUGGGCAGAGCUCUGUUGGACUUUGUCUGGGCCGUACGCUACCACGUUGACCAGAUGGUGCGGCGAGGAGUCCUAUUUGCUGUCUGCUCCGUCUUUCUGAGCAUGCCCAGUCAGAGUUUGCUGGUGGAGCUCAGUGAUCAGCUGUUUGAGACCAGAGCAUGGCUGGCAGGGAUGACCAGAAGAAUGUGGUUAAAAAGAGCACAGUCCAGAUGUUCAUGCAGCUGCUCAGUGUGUGUCAAUCUGAGAUAACACACACACACAGCUGGGAUGAGCAUUGCUGGGAAAUGGAGGGAAUCCAGGAUAUCCUGUCCUGCGCAGCCUGUCUGUGACGCCAUUCACUCAUCAAUGGGAAUUUAAAUUCUCCCAAGGACAUUACCAAUAGUCCAGAAGACACAUGAAUGUUAAAAAUGUUACAGAAUCAUAAACGUUUGGGUUUUCAAUGUGAAUCAACUGUGUUACAUUUUUAAAAAGCCUUGCAUUAAAAAAAGACAUGCUUGUUUUAUUGCUUGAACAGCCUCAUUGUUCCUAAUGGUUAAUUUCUACCUGUUUACGGUAAUAAUGAUACUCAUGGUCCAACCUGUUGUGCUGUUGACAGACGUAGCUGAAGUGGACCCUGAUGCAGACUGCAGGAACCUGGCCGUGCAGAGCCUGGUGCUGCUGGAGAAGAGUCUGAAGAAUGAAAUGAACCCUGCUGCACUGGUCCUGCAAUCAUGA